AUGGCGGAAUUUCUGCCGCUGUGCGACGUGCUGUUCAACGUGAUAUCGCUGGCCGGGUACUUCUGCGACGUGGUGUUCGACGUCGUGAUGGGAUACGCGUUACUCGAACGAGGAUAUAAAGGCACUUUUGCUGCUGCUAUAUCUAUUGUUAUCACCUCGCUAGUCAUAUCACAGGUGCUCUCGCUCCGCUGGUACCUUCACGUAUGGUGGGCCGGAGAGGGUCGCAAGGGCAGGCCGCCAUGGCUCCCAAUACUGCUGCACUGCCUUCAGCUAGGCGUACUCUGGAGAUAUGCCCGGCUACUCGUACCUGUCGAGCUGAGGAGAGUCAAGCACCAAGUUCGAGAUCUAUGUAUGCUCCGCCUAGUCCACGCGUUCUGCGAGGCCGCGCCCAUGUUACUGCUACAGUUGCACAUACUGUUCAAGGACACCAGCAGGGAACCCACCAGCGACCUCACCGUCACUCCCGAACCCAGCAUCGAUGAGCCCUCAGAAAACAAAGCGUUCGCGGAGCUGAACGUGAUCUCAGCGUCUUUGUCCCUGUUCUCUGUGUGCUGGGCGCUCGCCAGCUUCAGCAAGAAUGUUAGACUACAGAACGUGCACAGACUCGUACUCACCUGGCUGGGAGUUAUAUUCCAGUUCCUGUGGCGCCUGGGUACAAUAUCGGCGCGUAUUUGCGCGCUUACCGUCUACGCUCUAGUCUACGAAUAUUGGGUCUUCUUAGUUAUAGGUCUUCACUGGCUGUCAAUGUUUCUGUGGCUGAUAUCUCCUAAGAACGUGUUCCACGGAGAACGCAUCAGUCGGCCGCGCAAGGCGUACCUCUCAGCACUCAUUGCAUUCGUAUACGUCUUCGCUUACGUCAACCUUCAGGAACUUAAUCAUAGGCAGAAGAUGGUGACGUUCUACUGCGUGAUGUGUGUGGAGAACUGGUUGUUGGUGACGGCGUGGUGGUGGUCGGGGCGCGCCGCCCGGCCCGCGCCGCUGGCCGCCGCCGCCGCCGCUGCAUUCGCCGCCGGCAUCGCCUUCAUGCUGCUUUAUUACAGAUACUUCCACGUGAGACGACUGGGCUAUAUGCUGGGGGAACAUCAACAAGGAACGAACAGUACCAACACAUCAUCGCAGAAUAAAGAUGGUAAAACAUCUAAUCAAGUUGAGAACCCAACGAUACCGGGCGUGUUCAACUGUCGGUUCUCAAAUCCAGUCAGUAACAGUGCAGCGAAUGGUCGUAAAAAGAAGAAGCCGACUUCUUUCGUGCCUCCACCAGCCGCGCCUGCCGCUGCCUUCUGGAGGAGACCACUGCCUGCCGCUCAUAAUCAUCAUGGUGGGUCAUCUGAAAACGAAGGGUCAAGCGUCGGUUCAAGAGUGAACAUCCAACAAAAAUUACAAGAGAAGAAACAGAAACAGCUCGCAGAACUGCGCGUCAUAGAGGAGGAGAUCAAGCAAGGCAAGCUAGCCAAGACAACGCCUGUCGCCGCCGAGGAGAUAUACAGCAGUCUACAGCGACAGCCCAUACCCCGCGCCAAGACUCACGCAGAACCCCCCGCCUGGCCCAGUAUAGAAAUGGCACACUCCUACCAAAACUACCCCAUCUGCAACAUCUACCCCACCUACACAGAAAUAAAACCAGAUUUCAACAUCAAUAUAAACUUCCAAAACAAUGAAAACCCACCUUCAGAUAUCAACGAUCCUCUCAAAAUGCGAAGAUUACCGAAUAGAUACGAUAACACCCGAACCUUUUACGAAAACCCAGCAAAUAUGAGAAACGACGUAACACGCACUCCACUACGCUCACCAAACUAUUUAGCACUCAAUGAGAAUAGAAAUUACGAUGCGAAUGCCUGUACAAGUGCAAGGAACGCCCUCAGUAACAGUCCUCGGACCUACAUGCCAGACGUAAGCAACAACUACGAAACAGCUGGGCUAGACAAACCUAGAAUAGCACAGAAUUCUAUUUACUCAGAAGACCACAGGCAAAUAGGAGAGUAUUCAGGAUACUGCGAAGGGAACCAAUAUCCAAAAUAUGAAAGUAAAGACGAAUACGUGUCAGCCUUGCAUAACGCAUUGAAUGUGCAGAAUAUAGACAAUAUUAGGAAUAACUACAAUGAGGUAGGUUGUGGUUACAAUCAGAAUUGUGAGCGGUUCCAGUACCCGGGGCUGGCGGGGAAGAAGAUGGAGCAGAUGAGGAAGAUGCAGCGAUGUCGCACGCCUGAGAUACUACUCGCGCCGCACUACUUGGACGGGUGUAACAGACAGGUCUGCUGUCAUUGGGGACCACCGUACACAAACAGGAAAAAAGAGGAAGGAGCAGGCAGUAGUGGUGAGGAAUCCAGUCCGGAUGGACCGGCGCGUGAGACUCCACGGCCUCCCAGCGAUAUUGAUAGCCAGAUCUCGCUACCUCGAUCUUACACGCUACCGAGAGAGUUCCGCUACUGGCGACGAAGACCACGACUGAGAGACGCACACGUUCCCAGCAACAACAGCAGUGAUGGUGACGUGGACAGUGCAGACGACAACGACAGUGAGCACCGCUCAAACUGCUCGGCGGCGUCCCAGCUACAGAGUCCGACGUACGAGGCGUACUACAGACAGACGGACAUGUUGCCGCGCGACGAUGUAUACGCUUGCGCAGACAGACGCCCGCGCAGGAUACACGCCUUCCGGAAACAACCCGCGAAGCCAGAGACCAAGCUAUAG